UAAAUGAAGUCAAAUGAACUUCAAUAGCCCAAGGCAACAUAAAUGUCAUUCAGGCAUGCAUGGGUAUAAGAGUCACAGACAAGACAAAAUGUAAAGGUUAGCUCUGUACUAUAAGCAUGUUCAGGUGAAUAAGUAGUAAGUCUGUAAGAUGGUAGUGGUAUUCUUAAACACCUUUUCCUGCCUUCUUUCCUUCUCCCUUGUCUUGUGAUUGACCAGAAUGAAUUUUCAAGGCUAAAUAAAUCCAGGUGACUGCACUUAUUCUACUGAGAGAUUGCAAAGACACUUUCCCAGACUGCAAAAAAUUAAAGUGUGUAGACAAACCAAAGAAAGCUUUCAAAGAGUAAAAGCAGACGUCAAAGAACUGUAUUCUUAACACACUUUAUUUUGCACUAAUGAGAUCUCUGCUCUUGCCUAUAUGAGAACCUCCAGGAAAAAAAAGGAGGGGGAGGGCAGGAGAUCACCUCACACAAUCCACAUGACACAAAAGUUGUGAACUCCCAAUUUGAUUUUUCACAUGCACCUUUGCAAACUCAAAAUGUGUUUACCAUAGAGAGGGGGAAGGGAGAAAGAGAUGGCCUUAUAUGUUUGAGACUUGGCAUCCCCCAUUCCUCUAACUUUGGAGAGCGUACAAGCAUUCUCCAACUCUCCAGAGAGCCCACCCAGCAGAAAAGGAAGAACAGGAGCUACAUUGGAAAAAAAAUAAAUUGUAUGCAUAAAUUUUCAAAUUGCAUGGGGGAAGGGGGGAGAAAGUGCUGUGGAGGAGGGGAUCUGAGAACAAGGACCUAACCACCUUUUGAUGCCAGAGACAGUCAGGAAGCACAGUGUAUGGUCCUGUACUCUUUUGUAUCAGCCAAUCCCCCCCCACUUCUCACUAAGAAAGUGGAUUUCAAUGUACCCAAAACUAGAUAUCACUUUCACCUUUAACAUUAGCAAUGGUUCAGAUACUUGCUUUCUAAAUGCUGCCUUCUGAUAGCUGCAAUAAUUCAAACCUUUGACAACAGAGAUGUAAGACUUUAUAAUGUGGGUAAUGCUGCACACUACAUGCAUAUAUUCCUAUGGUUCAGGCAGAGCUAGGAUAACUAUUGUGAUCUGUAUCAAUACCUGGCUUUGUGAGAUUCACUGAUCAUUCAUUUCAUUCUAGUCAUUGCACUUUAUCUAAUUAAAUCUACCAGAUUCAAUAGGGCUAAAAAAAGUAGUGAAAGGCAAUCUCAGAUUAUUCCAAAGUUCCUACAUCCACAUUAAGAGAAAACGUUUUAGAGACAGCAACCCCUUGAAUCUGAAUAAACUCUUAAAGAUCUUCCCACAAAUCACAGACUAAAAGAUAAGGACAGCUUUUUCUCCCCCCUGCCCAAUUUUUAGGUUUUUGGUUCUUAAAAGUUGUUUUUACACAAUGGGAAGCACCUAGUAGGGGAAUAAUCUUAAAAACAGGGGGAAAAAAGACCAGACUAAAUCCAUUUGUAGAAGCUAUAUUCUAUGUAUAUACAUAUAUACAUAUAUACAUAUAUACAUACAUAUACAUACAUAUAUAGUGAUCCUACAUAAAGCAGUGCUUUUCAAAGCUCUGAGAAAGCCGUGCAAGCCUGCGUUCAGCUUCUAAUUGCAGAACAAUAGUCAUAUACUUUCAAAGGCCACAGGCUUGCAGGGAGCUGGAAGGAAGUAAAAUUUUACUGAAAUCGGUAAGGCCUUCCUUCUGUGUAAAGGGAAAGCGAUUGUGCAAGGGGCCGCACCUUCCUCCCGCAUCUGCUUUUAGCCUUGCUUUUCUUGUGAAUGGGAAAAAAAGAGAGUAGUGGAAUUAACCGCUGAGGAGCGACAGGGAAAGGUGGAUGGCAGCCCCAUACCAUGAAGGUCCCUUGCUUUCCUGUUAAUUCUGCACACGCUUAAGCUUAUGUUCCUGAAGAAGAACUGAAAGCAGCAGAAAUUGAUGAAGAAAGUGGGGAGGAUGAUGGGCUAUCUCUGGACAUCCAAGAAACUGAGUACAUGUGCCAGGAUGAAACAGAGAUCAAAGAGGCUCAGAGUUACCAGAAUUCUCCAGUCAGCACAGCAACAAAUCAAGAUGCAGGUUAUGGUUCACCAUUCAGUGAAAACAGUGAUCAACUGGCCCAUUUCAAAAGCUCUUCCUCUAAAGAAGAGAAAGAAGAUCACAAGUGCUUGGACAAUGCUUCCUACCCACAGGACAGCUUAGCACAGAUAAAAGCCGUGUAUGCGAAUUUACUGUCAGAAUCUUGUUGGUCUGGUUUAGCUUUAGAUUUAAAAAAAUCAAAAAAUAAUGAAGACAGCCCGAAAGAAAGCACCACUAACAGCACCACUAGUAUCAGUACCCCAAAUACAAGUGCCAGUACCAGUACCAAUACUACUACCACUACAAGCAUCAGUAGUACUAGUAACAGUAGCAGUGGCAGUUCAGGUUAUGACUGGCAUCAAGCGGCUUUGGCCAAAACUCUGCAACAGACCUCAUAUGGACUUCUACCAGAACCCAGUCUGUUCAGCACAGUGCAACUUUACCGGCAAAACAAUAAACUCUAUGGUUCUGUGUUCACUGGUGCCAGUAAAUUCCGGUGCAAAGACUGUAGUGCAGCCUAUGAUACACUGGUAGAGCUUACAGUGCACAUGAAUGAAACUGGACAUUACCGGGAUGACAACCAAGAUAAAGAAUCUGAAAAAACCAGACGGUGGUCAAAGCCCAGAAAGCGAUCACUUAUGGAAAUGGAAGGCAAAGAGGAUGCCCAGAAAGUACUAAAAUGCAUGUACUGUGGUCAUUCGUUUGAAUCUUUACAAGACUUAAGUGUCCAUAUGAUAAAAACAAAGCAUUACCAGAAAGUGCCUCUGAAGGAACCAGUACCAGCCAUCACCAAACUGGUGCCUUCUACCAAAAAACGAGCACUUCAGGACUUGGCUUCACCUUGCUCACCUGAGCCAACAGCAAUCACUUCAGAGACUACACUUAGUGAAGCAGCAAAGGAUCAGAAAACUGCCAAUCCAUAUGUAACUCCCAAUAAUCGCUACGGCUAUCAAAAUGGUGCUAGCUACACUUGGCAGUUUGAGGCCCGCAAAGCUCAGAUACUAAAAUGCAUGGAAUGUGGCAGUUCUCAUGACACUUUGCAGCAGCUGACUGCUCACAUGAUGGUCACAGGACAUUUUUUGAAAGUAACUAAUUCAGCCUCUAAGAAAGGAAAACAGCUAGUACUCGACUCGGUAGUUGAAGAAAAGAUACAAUCCAUACCUUUGCCACCUACCGCUCAUACAAGAUUACCAGCUACAAAUAUUAAAAAGCAGCCGGAUUCUCCUGCUGGAUCUACAACUUCUGAAGAAAAGAAGGAGCCAGAAAAAGAACAGGUGAUUGUUACUGAAAUGGACAAAAAAAUUAAAGAAGAAAAUGAGGACUCUUCAGAAAAAAUUGAGCCAACAGCUGUAUAUCAGUACCUCCGAGAAGAGGAUCUAGAUGAAAGUCCAAAAGGUGGAAUCGAUAUAUUAAAAUCUCUGGAGAACACAGUGACCACAGCUAUAAGUAAAGCUCAAAAUGGAGCACCUUCUUGGGGAGGCUACCCUAGCAUUCAUGCAGCUUAUCAGCUUCCAGGAACCGUUAAAUCCCUUCAGUCAACUGUGCAGAGUGUUCAGAUUCAGCCAUCGUAUGCUAGCAGUGUAAAGUCAUUGUCUUCAGAACACAGUGCGCUGAUCCAUUCACCAGGCAAUCUGACACCCCCUCCUCAUAAAAGUAAUGUCUCUGCCAUGGAAGAGCUAGUAGAGAAGGUCACGGGCAAAAUCCAUAUUAAAAAAGAAGAAAAGCCUUCAGAGAAAGAAAAAUGUUCUCCAGUCAAGCCAUUAUCCCCUGCUCCUAAGGAAAGCAAAGACUUUACAAAAUCAGAGGAAAGCAACAAGCAACAACAACUACAUCAGCAACCACUACAGCAAAAACAAAGUUCUGACGCUGAGGUUCAGAAGGUCAAAAAGGAUGUUCUAGUUGACCCGCAUGCACUUAAUGGUACUGAACCACCUAAAGCAAAAGUCACCAAUGGCUGUAAUAACUUGGGUAUCAUUACAGACCAUUCACCAGAGCAAUCAUUCAUUAACCCACUGAGUGCUUUGCAGUCCAUCAUGAAUACCCACUUAGGCAAAGUCUCUAAUCCUGUAAAUCCUUCUUUGGAUCCUUUGGCCAUGUUAUAUAAAAUUAGUAACAGCAUGUUGGACAAACCCAUUUACCCCACAACUCCGGCCAAGCAAGCUGAGUCUAUUGACCGGUACUAUUACGAGAACAGCGAUCAGCCUAUUGAUUUAACAAAGUCUAAAACCAAACCACUGAUUUCCAGUGUGACUGAUUCUGUCUCAUCUCCUCUAAGAGAAAGUGCCCUAAUGGAUAUUUCUGACAUGGUAAAGAACCUCACAGGGCGCUUGACUCCCAAAUCUUCUACUCCAUCUUCUGUGUCAGAAAAAUCUGACGCAGAUGGAAGUAGCUUUGAAGAAGCUUUGGAUGAACUGUCUCCAGUACACAAGAGGAAGGGUAGGCAGUCAAACUGGAAUCCUCAGCAUCUUCUCAUCCUUCAAGCCCAGUUUGCUUCCAGUUUAAGGGAGACACCAGAAGGCAAAUAUAUUAUGUCGGACCUAGGCCCACAAGAACGGGUUCAUAUCUCAAAGUUUACUGGUCUUUCCAUGACCACAAUUAGCCACUGGCUGGCAAAUGUGAAGUAUCAGUUAAGGAGGACAGGUGGAACUAAGUUUUUAAAGAAUUUGGAUACAGGUCAUCCUGUUUUCUUUUGCAAUGAUUGUGCCUCUCAAUUCAGGACUGCUUCCACGUAUAUAAGUCACUUGGAGACACAUUUAGGGUUCAGUUUGAAGGAUCUGUCCAAAUUGCCACUUAAUCAAAUACAAGAACAGCAGAAUGUUUCCAAGGUCCUCUCAAAUAAGACUUUAGGCUCACUUGGAAUUGCCGAGGAGGACUCGGGUUCCACAUUCCAGUGUAAGCUCUGUAAUCGAACUUUUGCAAGCAAACAUGCAGUCAAACUGCACCUUAGUAAAACACAUGGGAAGUCCCCUGAGGACCAUCUGAUCUAUGUAACUGAAUUAGAAAAACAUUAGCGUCCAGGUAAGCAACCAGGUAUGCAAGUGACCACAGGAACAUUGCACUAAACUUCAUAGUACUGCACUAGGCCUGAUCUGAGCCUCUGAAAUCAGUCUUACUUUUGUUGCUGAACUGCCUAUCUGGAGCUUGGUUUUUCUUACAUACGUUUUGUAGUUGUAUUUAUAUGCUCUUUGUCUGAUCUGUGCAUGUUUUUAAAACCUUUUUUUCCCCUUUCCUUCCCCCCCCCUUCUUUUUCUGUGAGUCAAAGUCUGACCUUUAUUUUUAACAUAUGUCCUUGAUGUUAAGCUAUCUUUUGUAGACUAUAGUGGGAGACACCAUUGAGAGACAUUAAUUUAGCGGUAAAGAAAGACACAAAGAACAAUAACAAAAAGACAUUCUAAAAUUACAAAGUUGCCAUGACAAUAAAGGUCACAGAACCCCGUAGUGUCAGUUUUUAACCCUCUGAGGACUAUAAUAGUAUUCUGUGCCUUUCCCAAAAGAAGGUGUGUGUGUUUUUUUAAAAAAACAUUUCAUCCUAAUAUAACUGGGUCAAAUUCACUUACAUUUAAUAGGUUUUUUCAAAUGUCAAAAAGCCUUUUUUCCUCUCAAAAAAUGCAGUCUGAUUUGCAAAGAAAAGAUGCAUGCCAUUCUUGAAUAAUUAUAAAAAAUGAUCAAAUGCUCAAGGAGUUAGACACGACCCAUGUUUUAAAAAAUAAAAUCACAAACCAAUUUGCCACUAUGCCCAAACCCUCUGAAUGCUGAAUAUUGCCACUUGACUGGCAUAAAGAGUAUGCAAGUUAUUUUAAAAAAUGUAAAAAUUUUAUUUCUUUUUCCUGUAAAAUACUGCAGUUUAUAGUUAUUUACAAAUGUAAGCUUUGGUACAGGCUGAUCUUUCUAUAGUGUGCUGCAUUGGUACAUGAAAAUGAAACAAAACAACAGCAACAAAAAAUGGGGCAAGUGUUGGAUUCUGAUCCUUGUAAAUUGCCAGCAUCAGCUUAGGUUAAAAAAAAACAGUACAUGUUGCAUAUUGUACCAUUUUAAAUUGUUCAACUUCCUUUGUACCUUCUGGCUGUAUGCUUUCUCUCUUAACUUUUUAUAUUGUCAUUUUAUAUUCAAUUUCUGUGUAUAUAAUGUAAAAACACACUUUUUUGAAUAAAAUUGAGUUCCUUGCAGCUUGAGUUAAAUAGAGAAAUUUUACUGGCACCUGCAUCUUCCCAGAUGCAUGUACUCAAAGGAGCUAUCUGACAAAAUAAAUAAAUAAAAAUAAAGCAAACAAUGCACUAUGAAUUAUACAUUUUGAUGUUUUAUCAUUAAUAUUGUACAGUACCUUUUUGGUUCACGCAAUGAAAUCCACUGUUUUCUCAAAUGUAAAAUAAACCCACAUGCAGUUCUUGA